AAAUCUCCUUCAUUGUCACGUAACCCUAAUAAAAUAAUCAAACCGGCUAUAUCCAGUAAAAUAACCACAUUGACUUGUAUGGUGCUGAUCGCCUUGACGCCUAAGCCCUAAAAAAGUAAACAGGCUGAGCCGGUCACUUCUAUCAAGUUUUUCACCGCCUUCUGCCCCAUUCCAUUUCUUUUUCUGUGCUCUUUGAUAUUAUUCUCUUAAAAACUCUGCGAUUCUCUGUUUUUUGUUUCCUCUGUUUUUCUCUCAAAAGCAUCAUCCUUUCUUGGAUUUUUUUUUCUAAGUAGAAUGAAGGGAGCUAGAGGUAAGGCUGCAGGGAAGAACACGGCCGAAGCCUUGAAGCCUGCUGAGGACAGAAAGAUUGGGAAGCGUAAGGCAACUCUCGGUAAAAGCAGCGUACCAAAAGCCAAGAAGGAGAGAAGGGCUAAGAAAGAUCCUAACAAACCAAAGAGGCCUCCUAGUGCUUUCUUUGUGUUCCUUGAGGAGUUUAGAGCCACUUUCAAGAAGGAAAAUCCUAAUGUGAAGGCUGUAUCAGCUGUUGGUAAAGCUGCUGGAGAGAAGUGGAAAUCGAUGUCUGAGGAAGAAAAAGUUCCUUAUGGGGCCAAAGCUGGAAAACGAAAAGCUGAGUAUGAAAAACAAAUGAAGGUCUACAACAAGAAGCAGGAAAGUUCUGCUAAUGGUAUGGGGGAUGAUGAAGAGGACGAGGAGGUGCAUGAUGAAGAGGACGUGGCUAGUGGAGAGGAAGGGCAACAUCAGCAGGAAGAUGACGAGGAGGAAGAAGAGGACGAGGAUUGAAAAUGAAUGGUUGAUUUGGACAUAAAAUGAUUUAACAUUGCAGAAGGAUUCUAGAUUUGUAUGUUCAUACUUCUAGGUCAAAUGUAAUACCUAUCUAAAAUACCCUAGCAGCAGGAUGCUUUAGUAUCUUUCUUGUUUUUAUCCAAUAUAUUUACUAACAAGAAGCUACAUGUUCUAAGUUAAAAUACUAUGCUUUAGUAUCUUUCUCGUUUUAGUCCAACAUAU